AUGGAGCCCAGCCCGUCCGGAGGCUCUAGGCCGGCGGAGCCGGGGCCUUGCCUGAGAGGCCCGGGCGGCGUCUGCCAGGCGACCUCGGCCUACUCUCCGAGCGAGGUGGGAGCCCAGCCAGGGUACCGCGUGGCGGCCGUGUUGCCGGCCGGGGGGUGCGGGGAGAGGAUGGGCGUCCCCACCCCGAAGCAGUUCUGCCCCAUCUUGGAAAGGCCGCUCAUCAGCUACACCCUGCAGGCCCUGGAGAGAGUAUCUUGGAUAAAGGAUAUUGUCGUGGCAGUAACUAGAGAGAACAUGGAUAAAAUGGAGGGUAUUAUCCAGAGGUACCAGCAUAAACGCAUUUCUCUAGUUGAAUCUGGAGUGACCCGCCAUAGAUCAAUUUUCAAUGGACUAAAAGCACUGACAGAGAAUGGAUCCAACACUAAACCCUCUAAGCCAGAAGUAGUGAUUAUCCACGAUGCUGUAAGACCAUUUGUUGAGGAAGAUGUUCUGCUAAAAGUCGUCACAGCUGCUAAAGAACAUGGGGCAGCAGGAGCAAUUCGACCUCUUGUAUCUACUGUCAUCAGUCCAUCUGCUGAUGGUUGCUUAGACCAUUCACUAGAGCGUUCCAGAUAUAAAGCAAGUGAGAUGCCACAGGCUUUUCUAUUUGAUGUGAUCUAUGACGCAUACCAGCAGUGUAGUGAUUAUGACUUGGAAUUUGGAACUGAAUGCUUACAAUUGGCUCUAAAAUACUGCCACACCAAAGCCAAACUGGUAGAAGGAUCCUCUGAUCUCUGGAAGGUGACCUACAAACAAGAUCUAUAUGCGGCUGAGUCAAUUAUUAAGGGUAUAAUUUCACAACAGAUUUGUAUAGUUAUGGAUACAAAAGAAGAUAAAGGACACAUAGGUCUUCUUGAAGAAAUGUUAAAAAAUGAAUUAAAACAUAUAAAUGUUACAUCUAGGACACUGUGUCAUGCUGGCAGAGAUCUUCAGCAAAUCAUUCUAGAUCAAUGCUACAAUUUUGUUUGUGUAAAUGUUCUGAACUUUGAUUUUCAAGAAACACAGAAGUUACUGAAGUUACUUGAGGAUAGUCAUCUUUCCAUUUUUAACCCUGUAGUUGUUGUUUCGGUGCAUUUCCUUGAUUAUAAUUCAGAGCCUUUUGGUGAGAAAAUGGAAAACAUAAUGCAGAUUAGAGAGUUUUCAAAGGAAGUAAAAAAAAGAAAUAUUUUAUUAUGUGGCCUCCUCAUAUAUUACCCACAGGAUAAGCUGAAGAUACAGGAGAGUUUAAGGCAAGGUGCCACCAUUAUUGCUGCCUUAAUCAAAGAAAGAAAUCCUGGACUUGCUGGGCAGCUACUAGUGGCAUGA